CCCGAAAUUGCGUGGUAGAGACCUCGCAUCGCUCCCCACCCGUCGUCACCCGUGCCGUAGCCUCACGGGACUCUUUUCCCUUUAAAUCCCCAUCCCCUCCCGUCUCCUCCUCCACUCAUCCAAUCCUCCCUGCAAAGCGAGCCCCAGAAAGUUUCCGAUCGAAUCGAAGCAAAGGCUUUCUCGUCCGCCUCCAAGAUGCAGAUCUUUGUGAAGACCCUCACCGGCAAGACCAUCACCCUUGAGGUCGAGUCCUCUGACACGAUUGACAAUGUCAAGGCGAAGAUCCAGGACAAGGAGGGCAUCCCUCCGGACCAGCAGCGCCUCAUCUUCGCUGGCAAGCAGCUUGAGGACGGUCGCACCCUCGCUGACUACAACAUCCAGAAGGAGUCCACCCUCCACCUGGUGCUCCGUCUCAGGGGUGGUAUGCAGAUCUUCGUUAAGACCCUCACCGGCAAGACCAUCACGCUCGAGGUCGAGUCAUCUGACACCAUUGACAAUGUGAAGGCGAAGAUCCAGGACAAGGAGGGCAUCCCACCGGACCAGCAGCGCCUCAUCUUUGCUGGUAAGCAGCUCGAGGACGGCCGCACCCUCGCUGACUACAACAUCCAGAAGGAGUCCACCCUCCACCUGGUGCUCCGUCUCCGUGGUGGCCAGUAAGUGCCUGGCCAUGGAGCUGCUUAUGUCUGUGGGCUCACAAGUCGGUUGCCUUUCUGUGUCCUCCGAUCGGAUUGUCAGUGUGUCCUCGUCUGGUCUUGUGCUUUGUUGCUACCGUGCUGUGGUCUAGUGUUAUGUACUUAUGUUUGGUUGUGUCCGUGAACUUUCUGCUGCGGUGCAGCAGAUUUGGAUGAACUGUGAAAUGAAUGAAUAAGUGAGCCCUGAACUUGUGCCUCCUUUUGCUGUUAA